CAUUAGGUGGAAUACUUCCCACACACAAAACGAAUUUUAUCAGAUACAAUUUUAAAAACAGAACCUUUCAAUUACAUGAUGUUGCCCAUAAAUAUGCUGUUGCCAGCGCUUCUAAUUGGUCUAAUUGCAUUGAGCCAAUUGCCAUAUGGCAAUGCGAGAGCUUUGGUUAGCCCCCCAGGGGUGAUGGCCAGCGCUAAUGCCACGGGAAGCCUGAAAACCAAUGUUACCAAUCAAAACGCAACCAUUGUUGUGGCCAGGGAUACUGAUCGGAGCAAUGACACCGCCGUAACAACACUGCCAGCACAGACCAAGUCCCUCGAGAGGUCCCAGUCCACGGGCAGCACUGUGGUUACGAAUAUUGUGCGCAGAAAGCGUGCUGAGACCGAGCCGACAUUGCCCUUCGAUUUUCAUACAAUGCAUCUGCCAUGCGAUUUAGAUCAAAACGGCAGAGCUCAGGUAAUCGAUGCCUUUCCCAAUCAUUGCAUCUGGGUUUGGAACAAUAAAUUUGUGCAUGAGGGCUUCUUUCGGGUUUUCAAGACAUAUCAGCUGGAGGCGUUCUUCUUUGGACAGUAUUAUGAGCGCUUGAAGCGCUUUGAGGUCGAUCCUCACAGUUGGGACUACAGCAACACAGGAUUCUAGAUAGCCCCUAGAAAGCAAGAAUCCAAUUAGCCGACAAAAGUAAAAGGUUCAAUAAUAGUAAUGUUUUAGAAUAAAUGCGCAAAGAUUUUCGUUGCAUUUAUGCGAGAGAUGGUAAUGCGAGAGAUGACAAUGCGGGAGAUAAAAAUUUUAAUCGGAAACUAAAAACUUAGUUUGAAGUAGGCGAAGCAAAGAUGACGAAUACAGCACACUGGCAAAUAUAUUUAUAACCCCCGAGUGGAGCACACUUUUCAUUACUCUUAGAUUUUUGUUUUUAUUUUACAAAAUUCUAUCGUGCUAAUUAAAAUGGAUCUGAGUGACUAUGAGCUGGAGGAAUUUAAGCGAGCCUUUCAAAUACUGGACCGAGACGGAGAGGGUAGCAUUCAGGCGAAAGAUUUGGGCGUGUUCAUGCGAGAUUUGGGAUUGUCGCCCACAGAAAGCGAGUUGGAGUCAAUGAUCAACCAGCUGGACUCAGAUGGUAACGGGAGCAUCGAUUUUGAAGAGUUUGUCACUGCCAUGACGGCAAAACUGAAAGCAGCACCAGAUUUGGAUGUUCUGCGCGAGGCGUUUAGUGUCUACGACAAAGAGAAUACCGGCUAUAUAGGAGUGGAUCAGCUGCGUACCGUAAUGAUAGCGUUAAAGCUGAAGCCCACAGAUGAGGAGCUUGACGAACUGAUACGCGUAGGCGACAUAGAUGGCGACGGCUACCUCAACUACGAAGAGUUCGUUCAGUUGAUGAGCCCCCAUUAGAAAACAAGAACCGCCCAAAGAAACAAACAGAAACAGAAACUACUUCAUUCCAGUAAUGCGUAUAUCUCCAGAAUCAUCAGCAGAAGCCAGAACAGUUAUUAUUAGAGUAGAAGAAGCGUUUAGAUAAGUUAAGGGGUAUACAUUAAAUUUGUUUUAUGAAAACUCAGUGAGUAACAGAACUGUAUACAAAAUUGUAAGAGCAUAAUUUGGUUUAAAAGAUUUACCCAACGACUCGUUUAAUGAAAGCUUGCUUAACAGACUUGGAUAUAUAAAUAU